AGUCUCCGCGCUGCUGCGGCGCGCCCGGCCGCUCCCACGGCCUCCCCUCCGCCCUGCGGUCCCGCCGCCUCCGGGGCCGCCUGGGACCCUGGCCCUCGCCGGGCAGGACGCCGCCAGCGCUGAAGGCGCAGCCCGGAGGCCGCGCGGGAAAGUGAGGACUCAGGAGACCAGCACUGGAACUACUGCAUUCAAGAACACAGCACUUUAAUUAUGACUCAGGGUUAGAAAGCCAUUGCCAAACCACCACAGCCGCCUGUCAGCAGCACCCAACGAAGCCGGUGAAUGAGCAUGGAAUACUACUUCAGAAACUGUAUCCAUCUCCUAUACCUUACUCGCUAGAAGGAAACAGUCAAAGCAGCAGGAAGAUGAUGCAGAUCUGUGGAUCCAGCGUAGCAUCUGUAGCAGCUGGGACAUCAUUCCAGGUUUUGGGCCCGGUGUGUUGGCCACAACUGGAUCUGAAGAUGGCAGUCAGGGUGCUUUGGGGUGGUCUCAGCCUGCUCCGAGUGCUGUGGUGUCUCCUUCCGCAGACGGGCUAUGUGCACCCAGAUGAGUUCUUCCAGUCCCCUGAGGUGAUGGCAGAGGACAUCCUGGGCCUUCAGGCCGCGCGGCCCUGGGAGUUUUACCCCAGCAGCUCCUGCCGCUCGGUGGUCUUCCCCCUGCUGAUCUCUGGUUCCACCUUCUGGCUGCUCAGGCUCUGGGAGGAGCUGGGGCCGUGGCCUGGCCUGGUGAGCGGCUACGCGCUGCUGGUGGGGCCUCGACUCCUCCUCACUGCCCUUUCCUUUGCUCUGGACGGGGCCGUGUACCACCUGGCCCCGCUGAUGGGGGCGGAUCGCUGGAACGCCCUGGCCCUGCUGUCUGGUUCCUACGUCACCCUGGUCUUCUACACAAGGACCUUCUCCAACACCAUUGAGGGACUCCUCUUCACGUGGCUGCUGGUGCUGGUAUCCUCCCAUGUAAUGUGGGGCCCUACACGCAAGGAGCCGGCGCCGGGUCCACGGUGGCACAGCUGGCUUCUUGGAGGCAUUGUGGCUGCUGGCUUCUUCAACCGGCCCACCUUUCUGGCCUUUGCUGUGGUCCCCCUCUACCUCUGGGGCACUCGUGGAGCCACAAACCCUGGUUUGAAGUCUCUGACCCGGGAGGCCCUGGUGCUGCUCCCUGGGGCGGCCCUCACGGCAGCGGUGUUUGUGGCCGUGGACAGCUGGUAUUUCUCCAGCCCCGCUACGUCCAGGACCCUUGUCCUUACACCUGUCAACUUCUUGCACUACAACCUGAAUCCCCAAAACCUGGCGAGACAUGGCACGCACGCGCGGCUCACUCACCUGGCAGUCAACGGCUUCCUGCUCUUCGGGGUGCUGCAUGCCCAGGCCCUGCAGGCUGCGUGGCAACAGCUGCAAGUCGGCCUCCAGGCCUCUGCACAAAUGGGCCUCCUGAGGGCACUGGGUGCCCGGAGCCUGCUGUCCAGCCCCAGGUCCUGUCUCCUUCUCCUCUACUUCACGCCUCUGGCCCUGCUAUCUGCCUUUAGCCACCAGGAGGCUCGGUUCCUGAUUCCCCUCCUGGUCCCCCUGGUCCUGCUUUGUAGUCCGCAGACCCAGCCUGUGCCUUGGAAGGGCACUGUGGUCCUCUUCAACGCCCUCGGUGCCUUCCUCUUCGGCUGCCUGCAUCAGGGGGGCCUGGUGCCUGGCCUGGAGUACCUGGAGCAGGUGGUCCACGCCCCUGUGCUCCCAAGCACACCCACCCACUACACACUCCUCUUCACUCACACCUACAUGCCCCCCCGGCACCUCCUGCACCUCCCAGGCCCGGGGGCACCAGUGGAGGUGGUGGACAUGGGGGGGACUGAGGACUGGGCCCUGUGCCAAACCCUGAAAAGCUUCACCAGACAACCAGCCUGCCAAGUGGCCGGUGGGCCAUGGCUCUGCCGCCUCUUUGUGGUAACCCCUGGCACCACCAGGCAUGCCGUGGAGAAGUGCAGCUUCCCCUUCAAGAAUGAAACACUUUUAUUUCCCCAUCUGACCCUGGAGGAUCCACCAGCCCUGUCCUCCUUGCUGAGUGGGGCUUGGAGGGACCACCUCAGUCUUCACAUUGUGGAGCUGGGGGAAGAAACCUGACAAUAUGACAGAGCACCCACUGCCCAAGACUCAGCCAUAGAAGAUGCUGCCCCACCUUCUACUUGGGUAGCUGGGCUGGGACGCUGGGACAGGACCCCGUCCUCCUUCAUGACUCCCACUGCUGCCUCUCCUGGGCAUGGCUGUUAGCUGUUCUGCCUUCUGGGUGAGCUGGCACUCUUCUCCCUGAGACCAAAGAUUUGACCUGUCAGUCUUGAUGUCAAGGUCCCCAAAGACCAGGUUAAGUGACGACACCUGUCUGUUCCUGCCCUGUUGCUUCCAGCCACUGUGAUGUUUGAAAUACGUAAUAGUACCUGGUUGUGAAAAAAAGACAAUGAACUGCUAGUGACAUUCCUCAAUGACCUCUCCCAAACCUCCCAUGAUGCCUUACCCUUGCUGUCAUGACAACCCUCUGGCUUCCUAAGACCCAUCUGCCUAUCGAAAUAUGUGCAAGUCAGUGAGACGAAGUAUAGAGAACAGGUGGCCCAGAUCCAGGGGACCCAAAUUCCAGCCCCUUGGUCUGUCACCUCCUCACUGUGUGAUCUUGAGAAAGCCCCUUCCACUCACCCACCCCACUUCCCAGUCUGUUGGGAUCAGAGGAACUUUGAGGUGUCUGCCAGCUAACAUUGUGUCAUUCCUGGAGUCCACAGUACACGUCCCCUGCCUCAACAGGCACAGCUCUCACAAAGCUCUUCAAGCAUGGAAGUGGGAGUUGUGUUGUACUUCAUGGCACUCUGAUGCCUGCUGUCUCGGUGUUUGGUUAUUAUACAAACAAGUAAUGUUUGAAAUAUAUAAUAGCACUGGA